AGGAUGAUUGGCCUGCCAACCAUGCAACUGUGUAGCGGGUUUACCGUUUCCUUGAACCAAUAACGUUACGCGAGAGCGUUACAUUGUUGCAGAGGGGGCGUUUAUGAGUUUCCUUCGUAACUCGGUUUGAGCAGAGUACGUAGCACCUCUCCUAUGCGGGCAUUUAUUUUUUCGUCGCUAAAUCAGUUCACGUUUUAUUUGUCAUAUCAGUAUAUAUUGAGAGAUUUCGUUAACUGAGACGGACGGCAGACACAUUUAUAGCCCUUGCCCAGCAAAGCAUUUAUGUUAGGCUAUUUUUUUUAAAUUGUCACACUUUCUAUGGUUUCUGAGUGGUAGUCUAUACCACAUGCAGUUCGCUUCAGUGGAGCGUUUUCAUUUCACGAGAUAUAGAAAAUAUAUUUUGUUUAACCUACAGAGUGUGUAUGUUAUUGUGCUGGUCUGUGCCUAUGACAGACGUUUAAGUUAUUAUUUAGGUGCGUCUAUAAAGUAAAGACAGCAAGCAAUUGCCGUUGAACUUGAUUUGGUAACUUAUUGUUGGCUCAAGUCGCUAUCAGAAUGACCGAGGACAAUGUCACAAGUAAAAGCAUUGAAAUCGUCAAAGAUCAACUGUAUUUCGCCAUACUGCAGCAGAAGAUUAAAAGCACAGCUGACAGACAUUUCUUCUGCAUAGAUGAAGAGCUGUCAUAUGAGAACUUCUAUGCAGACUUUGGCCCGCUCAACCUGGCCAUGUUCUAUCGCUUUUGUUGCAAACUCACUAAAAAGCUCAAGUCAUUCACACUAGCAAAGAAGAAGAUAGUCUUCUAUACCUGUGGAGAUAAUAAGAAACAAGCCAAUGCUGCCUAUCUUAUUGGUUCAUAUGCAGUGAUGCAUUUGCAGAAGACGCCAGAGGAAGCCUACAGUCUACUGGUGUCCAGGAACUCUACCUAUCUGUCCUUCAGAGAUGCCUCUUUUGGAACAUGUAUGUACAAUCUGAACAUUCUAGACUGCCUGCGCGCCAUAUACAAGGCUCUGCAGUUUGGCUGGCUUGAUUUCUCCCAGUUUGAUGUGGAGGAAUACGAGCAUUAUGAGAGAGCAGAAAAUGGAGAUUUCAACUGGAUUAUUCCUGGGAAGUUCCUAGCCUUCAGCGGCCCUCAUCCAAAAAGCAAAAUAGAGAACGGUUACCCUCUCCAUGCCCCCGAGGCCUACUUUCCUUAUUUCAGGAAACACAACAUCACAGCCAUCGUCCGUCUCAACAAGAAGAUGUACGAUGCCAAGCGCUUCACUGACAUGGGCUUUGAGCACCACGACCUCUUCUUCGUGGACGGAAGCACGCCAAAUGAUGCCAUCGUCCGGAAGUUCCUCAACAUCUGUGAGAAUGCAGAUGGAGCUAUCGCUGUUCACUGCAAAGCGGGUCUGGGACGAACAGGCACUCUGAUAGGCUGUUACAUGAUGAAGCACUACCGCCUGACUGCGUCUGAGGCCAUCGCCUGGAUGAGGAUCUGCCGGCCAGGAUCAGUCAUCGGACCACAACAAAACUUUGUGGAAGAUAAGCAGAUCAGCUUGUGGUCGGAGGGAGAUGUUUUCCGGGAGAAGAUGAACGAGCAGGAGAACGGCAAGCUGGCCGUCACCAGAAUCCUGUCGGGGGUUGAUGAUAUCACUAUCAACGGCAGCAACAAAAGCAGGAUGUCCAUAAAGGAAGAGGCAGAACUGUAUAGUGACGAUGAGGAGAGGAAUGGCAUCACCCAGGGUGAUAAACUGCGAGCCCUGAAGAGCAAGAGGCAGGCGAGAACAACUACAGGUUCCCUUUCACAAGAAGAGAACAAGAUUCACACCAGGUCCUCAUCGCAGUCUUUAAGGAUUCUCCUGCAGUCUAGUGGGCCUGAUGCCUCAGACAAUAGGAAGAGAACCAGAACCUCGCUGCCUGCCAACAGUGUGGGGGGCAGCUCCCCAUGCAGCUCCAGACUAGCCAGGUCUCUAGGCAGCAUGCAUGUAGUGGCCAGCGACAGAGAGCCAGUGUGCUGUGAGUCCAGUGGCUGCCAUAGAGACACAGCCAGCAACACAGGCAGCACAGGCAACCUACCCAACCUAAACAUGCUGCAGGCCCCUCAGAAGACGCACUGUGUCCAGAGGACGGAAAACUCGAUGUUCUUUACAAUCAAUGCGCUUUACGAGACUAUGUCACUCCAUACCCAAAGCUAGAGCUCCUCUACUGCGCUGAGCAUGAGGUUCUGGAAUUCUAAGGGAGUACAGUCUACCUGCAGCUCCUGCAAAUGGAGAUUUUUGUUUUCAUUUCUUAAGAGGGACUGGGUUUAUUUUACUUGAACCAGUCCAGUCAAUUGCUGAUUUUAAGGGAUGUUGAUGAGGAAAUGUUUUUCUUCCCAUUCAAUCAGAUGUAAACCAUGUUCAGUUAGUUUGGAAUUAAUUUGCCAUCCCUUUUUAUUACUAUAUAUGUAUGUAUGUAUGUAUGUAUGUAUGUAUAUAUUUCACUGUUUAUAUCAUGAAACAAAACUGUGUCCUGGCCAUAAGUAGUGGGAAUAGUGCCAUUUCAAAUGUAACUGCCAAAAUAAAGGAAACCUUAAGUAACUGAGGGAUUCAAAGUAUAUUGAAAGGGGGGCAGCUAGCUUCUGUUUGCUUCACAUUCCAGCUCACAGGCUGACUACAAUGCUUGCGUGGCAAAAUAAAUGUAGAAAUCUAUAUUAUUCAAUUAUUGCACCCACACUGCUCAGGAGCAUCUGUGUUGCCAUGGGCUAAAAUAGAAGUCAGUUCUAUUUGUGACGCAGAUCGCGCUGCAAGUCCUGCCUCUCCCAUCUCCUAUCUCCUGAUUGGUUUAUAGAAGCAGGUACCCAUGUACCAUCUCAUUGGAUAUACCCACGUGACUGAAAGACGAACGAGGUCAGUGGCAUUAAUGCACCUAAUUUAUGAACGUUGCCAAUCGCAAUAUAAAGUCAAAAAAAGCCUAGGAUGAGAGAUGACUAGAAACUAUUCAGUUGACCGUUUUGUGUGGAUUAAUUGUCGGAGGAGUGGACCUUGUGCAUUUCAGGUAGAAUUAGGACAAAUUAGCUAGCUAAUAAAUAGGACAAAUUAGCUAGCAAGCUAAAUUGCCAUAAAUGUUUAAUGCUUUUGACCUGUCCCCAAAUUUUAUGUAAUUGGUUCAGUGUUUUGAUAUUUUAACCUGUGUGUCGUGAUCGCGUUUGGUGUGGGGCGACAAAAUACAUUUAUGCACGAUGGCGCAGGCGCGCAUCCGGUUUGGGUUCCGUGUUAGCCGUGCAGGAGCGUGCGUGGGUAAAUUCACUGAGGAAGCCAAGCCAGGGGAAAAAAGCCAUAUUACAACCUAUGUUGUGAUAAGUGUUUGCUUUUAACCUAUUCGUUCACUAGGCUACCCUGGGGCGGCAGGGUAGCCUAGUGGUUAGAGCGUUGGACCCCAGAGUUCAAACCCCCGAGCUGACAAGGUACAAAUCUGUUGUUCUGCCCCUAAACAGGCAGUUAACCCACUGUUCCUAGGCAGUCAUUGAAAAUAAGAAUUUGUUCUUAACUGACUUGCCUAGUUAAAUAUAUUUUUUUAAAUACACCGUGAUACAGUGCAUUCGGAAAUAAUUAAGACCCCUUCACUUUAUCCACAUUUCAUUAGGCUUAUUCAAAUCUACACCCAAUACCCCAUAAUGUAUUAAUUACAUAAGUAUUCAGACCCUUUACUGUGAGACUAAAAAUUGAGCUCUGGUGCAUCCGGUUUCACUAAUCCUUUUAUAACAAACAUUUAUCAAGGGAGGCCAAAUGCUUGCUGGCAUCAAAUUAUAAAAAUACAUGAAAUAAAUUAUUUUUGGGGGGGUCAAAUAUUUGGGGAAGCCUGGCAUUAAAUAUAAAGGUGAUGACACAAUGUUUGAGGGAGGGAAUCUAUUUCAUUGGUCCUAAACUUAAGGCUCAGACAAGUAUUAGUGGAGUUGAGUCAUUCAUUGCAGCAUAGUGCCUGGCUAAAAGAUGAGCCACUUCUGGUUAUCCCGAGUUGGAAGUUACCUCCUCAAACCAGGCACGUAGUAUACGCCUCAGGUUUGAGUUAAUUAGGCAAUUUAAAUACCCAGUGAUUUUGAAAGAGGGGUCUCAGCGGGUGUGCGUGUCUGUCACCAGGUCCACUCUUGUAGAAUCUAUGCCCAGGCACAUUGACACCAUUUGGGUGGUCCUAUAAAACACUUGAGGUUCCUUUAUUUUGGAAGUUACCAGUACAUAAGCGUUGCCUGCUUGUUUACGUUGAAUGUUGCCAGACUAACAUCUUAUUUGCUUGUUGACAAAGGUCCGUCAGCACUAGGCACCGCUCAGAUUUAACCUUUAAUGAGAAGUUGUGAAAAACCUAGCUCAAGUCAAUUCUUGUUCAAGAGGGCUGUCUAGUCUAGGCGGUAUCUUUCUGAAUGUUGCAUAUAGGAAUGUAACUAGUGCCACCCUGAAUAUCUGAUUUGCCUGAAUUUCUAUGCCCUUUUACCCAGUGAAGCAUUUCAUCUGUAUUUUUGUUGAGAUGCUGUACUUAACUGUAAAUAAGUCACAUUUGAUACCCUGAAAACAUUUGAUUUGUACUUUGUAAAUAUUUUUGUACUUGUGAACCAUACAAUCAGAAGUAUUACAGAAAAAUAAGUCCUAAAGGGACACCUCAUUCGUGAUUAUCAUGCACAUGGCGUAUACCAGCUUUGAAAUAAAAUCCCACCACUUGUA